AUGUCAGAGGGAGAAGGGUUGCAGGCUUCGGACCCUGUCCAGGAGGGGAAAGCAGAGUCUGUGGUCUCUGCCUCCACCGAGCAGAGUGUGUCCCCUCCAGUAUCAACUGUGACACACCCCCCUGCCACAACGGCGACAGAGGAUGAGGAGAGCGAAGACGAGUCUGAGAUUCUGGAGGAGAGCCCAUGCGGACGCUGGCAGAAACGGAGAGAGGAGGUAUGCAAUGAACGUGAGCUGGAGACAGGAACAUUGCUUACUGUUUGUGUUUUUAGUGUCUUUGCCCCAAAAAUAUUUUACUUGUUGUUUUACACAUCUAACUGUUUUGAAUCCGAUGGAGAUUAUUAGUUGAAUUCAACACUUUCGUUCUCGAUUUAGGUGAACCAGCGCAAUGUCCCUGGAAUUGACAAUGCCUACUUGGCCAUGGACACAGAGGAGGGCGUGGAGGUGGUGUGGAAUGAGGUCAUGUUCUCAGAGAGGAAGAACUUCAAACUGCAGGAGGUGGGUUGGGUUCUCAGCCAGGGCUAAGCUGCAACAGAACCUUGUGAUGUCAUAAUGAUCAGUUAGAAACACAUUUGACACAUUGACAGCUCACAAUGGAAACUUUGCUGUUUGUGAUUACAUAAUGAUCCAUCAUCACAGCUUGACAGCUCACAGUGGAAACAAUGCUCUUUGUGAUGUCAAAGAUUGGUCAUCACAGCUCACAGUUUGACAGCUCACAAUGGUAGGGCAUUAUGUGAUGUAUAGUUACAGGCCAUUAUGAUAUCACAAUGACAGGGUUAAGGCUACUACCCCUGGACUGCUGGCAUCCUCUCAAAACUAGCUACCUGUUGGAAGUUCAUUUUGAUGUUCACAUUGACUUGCAGAAUUUGUUGGUCUAUGUAGGCAGAGCCGUAUUUAGCAAGUGUCUCAAUGGAGUAGUGCUGAUCUAAGAUCAAGUCCCUGGUGUUUGUGUAAUUGUAUUUAUUGUGAUCUAAAAGUCAAAACUGAUCCUAAACCAGCACUCCUACUCUGAGACACUUGAUACGUACAGCCCCAGAUCCUAAAAGUAGGAGAUCGCGUUCUGUUAGUUUUUCUUCUUUGCACUGCAUUCCUGGCUUGAUGCUCAUCAGCACCAUGCAGAGGUAAAUCAAUAUUAGUUUUCUUCUUGCCCUAAGCUCCUUAGGCAAAGUGUUCCGACCCAUAUCUCACAAAUGCAAAGUACACUCUCUGUACAAAGUGUUAAUAAAACCGUUCAUAGAAACUGACACAAAGGUUGUUGCAUAAUCCUCUUGCACCUCAUUAGGGGCCCUAUUUUCAGCUGGUGCUAAGGAGGCACAAGUGUCAAUUGCACGUUAGUUUGCAAUGUAAAAACUGGCACACUGGCAUUUUCCAGCCACAACGCCAGGUUUGGCAAUUUACCUUUCUAUCAUUAGCUUGCUUGCACUAAGGUGAAAGGGGUGGCAAUAUUUGAGGCGUGUCCUUAAAAACAAGCGCAAAAGUGACUUUCAUGCAGCGCAAAUGGGACGUUUUAAGACCCACAAAAAGCAGGUCUUACCGGUAACGCAGUUGAUAAUGGCAUGGAUUUUGAGAGCGGAAAUGCAGCCUGUCCAGCCAUGACGAAUAGUUCCCAUGGAACGAGAGAUGUGCCUUUUGUGCUGGUGGAUCUUGUAUUUAGAAACAUUAAAAAAAGAUUGGUUUCCCCCCAUUUUGUUUAAUUUGAUUAAAAACCAAGCAUAGCCAACCCUCCCCUUAAUCAAAGCUGGUUUAGCAGCAUCGCACAGGUGCGUCUUGUUAUCCUGGCCGUUAGCCAAGUAACUUUGAAAUAUUUGAGGUUUUUGCCCUCAUGCUUUUUCAUUAUUCAGUAUUCACAUACCUGCAUACUUCAUUUCGCUUCUUCAAGUAGACUAUCAUCCACAUUUUCAAACAGCGCCCCUCUUCCGAUUACCAGAGACACGUUCCUCCAAACUAUUCAAUCCUCCUAUAAUGCCAUAUCAAAAGCAGAUUUUUUGGAGAAUCUGCCUCGCACAUAGGCAAUGACACAUUUGACAGGAGCCUAGUAUUUUGUAUAGACGUGCGGAUGUUAUGCGUAAAGACAUUUAAGCCUACGUAUGCACACAGUGCCAUGGAACGAGAUAAUCGAUUUAUAAUAUCAUGCUUCUGACUAGGGCUGUUACGGUGAUCGUAUUACCGCCACACCGGCGGUCACGAGUCAUGACGGCAGUCAAAUUCCAUGUGACUGUUUAGUCAGGGUAAUUAGGCUUCUCCAAGCUCUGAUGCUGCUGAUGGUCAUUAGUAGCCUACCAAACUUGCUAACUACCUGGUACUCAGCACUCCAUUGUCCCUCUGAUCACUUUGACAUCUAUGCAAAUGUUCGAAAAUCUAAUCAAAUACUUAAUGAGUGCCCAUGAGCUCAUGUUGCGCAACAUUUCUAUAGGCUAUGCAAUUGUGCCAAAACAGAGUUUUGAUGGGCUCUAUUAAAAAGAGGAGGAUCCCAUCAGAUUUCUAUAGGCUAGGCGUACUAUAUUUAUUUCUCAACUUAUCUAAUAUUAAGCACGUUGCUUCUCUUUACAACAGGAGUAUAGGCUACCUGGCUGGCAUGAAAAUGCCCCAUGGGAAUAGCAUCCUCCAUUCGCUAUUUAAGUGAAUAGAUGACAUGCAUUUUUCCCCCCUUGCCCCUGUUUCGAUACAGGUGCAUGAUAAUGGUCCAUUGUAAAUCAAAACAAAUUUCACACAUUAAGACAAGAUUACAUCAAGAAUUGUCUGAUGGGUGACUAUUAGCCUAUCACUUGUGAAUUAUAUAUUAUCACUUGUGAAUGAUACCCAGCUUCUGUGCAGUAAGGCAAGAAACAGUGCAUGCCUUGUUUUGCGACUUUUUGAAAUCAGUUGCACACCUCAUGUAGCCUAGCCCAUAGGCCUAUAUGUUUUGAUAAGGUUUGUAUCACAACUAAAGUGGCCAAAUAACUUCUUAAAAUUAAGCACAUUAAUCCGCUUUACAAUGGGUGUAGAGCCUAACUGGCAUACAUACGCUGCGCUUGAGUUUCAAAUUUGGGGAAGAUAAUCUUCACCAAAAAAAUACACCUUUUAUAAUAAAAGCAUUACAUGCAUAAUAGCAUUUGCGGUCACUUUUGAGAAUAGUGUUUUCCACGAAUUGAUUGCAUUUUGGAACAUUCACGCUUAUAGCCUACUGCCGUCUGCGCAUUGCUGUGCUUUUAUAAUAUGAAGACUUAGCUUAAAAUGUUGAUAAACUAAUAGGCUAAGUCUUCUGAUCUUUUGCUAGUGGUUGUAUUAAUUUUGGAUCCAUCGCAUCCCAUAAUUGUCCCAGACUAUGCUUGGAAUAUUUAUUUCUCUCACAGAAUAGAAUAGGUCAACUUUUAUACUAUGCGGGAUAGUAGAUUGACAUAGGCUAGUGCUUUUGCUGUUCGUUAGGCCUACUCAUCUUGUUGGCUGACAAAAAGUAAAUGUGGACAGUUCUUCCAACAUCUUCGAUAUGCGCCUCGGAAUUCGAUAAGGACGCGUGCAGUUGCGUCCCCGACGUGUCUGUCUUCACUUGUAGCCUAUGAGAAGGACCCGAUCACGUGACUGGGAUUAGCUAAUAAGAAUUGAGAUAUCUGAGAGAGCCAUGUGAGUGAGAGGUGCUUCGGAUCACGCAGUCGGGGAAAGGGAAUUAUAAUUAUUAUAUUCAGCCCAAGGGCACAACAGCCCCCCCCCCCCCCCCCCACGGGCAGAUCAGGAGCCAUCUUGUUCUCUUCCUGUGGCUAUGUGUAUCAAGUCAUAGCGCACAAACAAGUGAUAACUUUAGCUCCGUCACUGCCCAUAUCUCUACACAGCUGUGCCCUUAUAAUUUUUUUUUUAAAUUAGUAAAAUACAGGAUUAACUGAAAAACUGUGGUCACUCUGAGGCUCUUUGUUUUAACCGUGUGACCGGGUUACUCUGAAGCAACGAGAAACUAUACAGGUCUAUCUGUUCCUGAAGUUUUAUCUCCAUCCCAUGUCCUUGACAUACCCAGACCAGCUGCAGGAAGCUAGAGGGGCCCCUCCUUAUGAAAAGCACAGCAUUGGUAGUUAAGAAAUGUCUCUACUAUUGUUAAGCAUAUUAAUUGUUAACUAUUAAUAUUAAACAAUUCAGUCAAAUACGUGUAUUCCCCAACAAACGGUAGGCCUAGGCUAUAUUUUGCUUAUUAAGAACGUGCCUCACAAUACGGCAGUUUAGUAUUUUAGGAGAAGUGCAAUGAGUAAAUUGAUUCAUUUUUAUGUUUAUUUUACCCUUUUAUUUUACCAGGUAAGUUGACUAAGAACACAUUCACAUUUACAGCAAUGACCUGGGGAAUAGUUACAGGGGAGAGGAGGGGGGAUGAAUGAGCCAAUUGGAAGAGGGCCAGAUUGGGAAUUAAGCCAGGACACCGGGUUAACACCCCUAAUCUUACGAUAAGUGCGAUGGGAUCUUUAAUGACCACAGAGAGUCAGGACAUCCGUUUAACGUCCCAUCCAAAAGACGGCACCCAACCCAGGGCAAUGUUCCCAACCACUGCCCUGGAGACCAGAUGAAAGAUUGUUUCCUACUGGCCCUCCAACACCACUUCCAGCAGCAUCUGGUCUCCCAUCCAGGGACUGACCAGGACCAACCUUGCUUAGCUUCAGAGGAAAGCCAGCAGUGGGAUGCAGGAUGGUAUGCUGCUGACUCAAAGACGUGUAGGCUAGGCUUGUUGAAGCAAAUUACAACAAUAUUGACUGCCAACACUCCAAACAUAGGCUAUUGAGCAAACACUAUAUCUAUAUUUUUUACUGUUGCUAUUACUCGUUACUGUAGCCUAUGCUAUUUACUAAACUGUAGUAUCAAUACACAAUGGACCAGGACGAGAAUAUUCUGUGCCCCAAGCCGAAUUGGAGUUGAUGACAAUGCAAAGACCGUCAAUAACCUACAGAAGUUGAGACAUGCGGUAUUAAGCCAUGGAACGUGUUGAUUGGCCAGUAAGAGGGAACGCCCUCGUCACACCUACAAAUUGUUUAUUCAUAAAAAACAGCCCUUUUGUGCCAGGGCCAGCUAUUGCGCUCAUAAUUCCGACUAUGGAAAUACCCAAAAUAUUUCUGACACACACCUGGACCUAUAGCACUCCUGCAAGCUCUUAGAUUUACCGUUGCGUUCGGUUUGUUAAAAUAGAGCCCUAGGUGUUGGAAACCCUUUUCUGUGGCCUGGUCGUUCAUAAGGGCGCACAACAGAAAAUAACUACCAGACAGGAAACAAAAUGUUGCGUUUCUUAUUGGACAACAGGUGGUGGUCCCUCCUUGUUUCGCUCUUUCUCUGUUUGGUGCCGAAUGAAAACAACCUUGUUCUUGGCAGUGUUCCACCCUGUGACUGUCUCUAAGCUCUGAGCAGUCUGGUUGGCGCUUGUGUCAGUGUGCUGGCUCAGACAGUGUAGUCUGCCUUCUGUUCUUCAUGUUAACAUGCUGUGCCGUCGUCUGUUGAACACAGGCUGAGCUUUGAGUAGGAUGAGCUCCCUUUUAGUUUUUUUAGUUUUUUCUUCUCCUUUUAAAAAGCGAGAGAAAGCAUGACUUGCAGAAAUGCUGAGCUAACAUGUGCUUAGGAAUGGUCAAGGACAAAGCUGGAUAAUAUUUUGAAUAUGAUCCUUACAAAAAGCAGAGAGACAAAGCAUGACUUGCAGAGAUUCUGUACUAACCUUUGCUUUACCUUUUGCUUGGCAAGGGCCUGAUCAUAUUCUGAGUAGUUGCAGACCUGCCAACCUGCACACAUUUUGCGUAUCAUGCACGCAACUUGAGGUCAAAGUAUGCUGGUAUGAAAAACGACUGUAACAGGCUUCUAGUUGGCACAUUGUGCUUUUUGACUCCACUUUCUGAAGUUGGAGCCGAUCCAAUCUUUAGCUUUCCGCUCCGGCCCACAUAGUACUAUCAAAGAUGAUGGAUACAUUAAGACCGUUCACUCAGGCCCUUUACCAUUGGGAAAAAAAAUAGUAAGUUCCUGUCUACUUAAGCGGGUGGCUCUCCCAUAGAUACCAAUGCGAAAGCAGCUGGGUCUGGUCUACUUAGUUAAUUGACUUAAAUUGAACCAGAAAGAACCAGAAAAAAACUAAGUGGGGUGUCUCGCAUCCUCUUCCGUCUAUGGCACUAUUUUCUUCCCUCGAGCUGGAUGGCAGCACUCUACUUCGUCCGUUGAUACCACUGAUGUUUAAGGAAAAAGGGGAGGGAAAAUGUUUACCAAAUACAUUUUCCGAAAUUGUAUGUGUUUGUCCAGCACAUUACCACUAUAUUAUUUUGUUGUUAGCUCCUAAUCGAGAACACUUUCUUGCCCACACAUGCUUUCAUCUCCACAACGGUAGUAGACGCGAGUGCAUUGACGCGCAAGGAAACGUGCAGUAACAUGCUGACCACACCGCUCGCGUUACGUGUGCGAGCGUUUGCAAAAUAAAUUCACACAUACAUGUUAUUCAAUCAUUUCAUCCAAACUGCUCGCGUCAACGAGCGUCUGCGUAGCCAGGCGCUAAAAUAGAACUUGCUUCUAUUUUUGAUGCUUGACGCGCUGCAAGUUCCGCUUCUCCCAUCUCAUUGGUUUUUAGGAGCAUAUACCCACGUGGGUGAUUGAAAGAUUAACUGAGGUCCACACUCCAGUCCAAUUGCUGGUGGUAAUGCACCUUAAAGUUGGUUGCCAACCACCAUAUAAAGUCAGAAGGAGGAGAGAUUACUAGAAACUAACUAGGUUUACCCUUUUAUCUGUGGAUUAAUUGUCAGAGUAGAGGACCUUGUGCGUUUCAGGUAAAAUAACAACCCAAUGUUUAUAUCCCAGGACAAAUUAGCUAGCAACAGCAGUCAGUCAGUUCCCUUGCAGUCAGUCAACUUCAACUUCAAACUAUUUGACAUUGGAAUGUAACCUAUAACAGUCUCUGUCAUCUAGUGUUGGUUAUGAAUUUUGACAGCAGAAACGCAGCCUAUCCAGCCAUGACACACACUGCCCAUAUGCGCAUGGAACAAUAGUAGCCUAAUGUGCUUUUGGUGCAUGUAUAUGUUGUUUUUAGAAACAUAAAAAAAAGUUGUGUUUUAUUUGAUUAAAAACCAAGCAUAGCCUCCCCUCCUCAAGUAAGGCAUUUCUUUUGUCUGCCCAAUGCAAUCGCAAAGUAGUCAAAGACUGUCGAUAAAGGGUUUGGCUCCGGAGACUGCUUGGAAAUAACUUUUUAUCACCAAAGUGUUAUUGCAUUUCAAGUUUGAGAGGAGUAAAACAGUGAGCUCACGUUCCCUUUUUGUCUAUGCAUUGUAGGCAGGCCCACAUUGUUUUAGCCAUGCAGGUCCCGUUUUGGACGUGCGUAAAACCCUCUCCAUGAUGUAGGCUACAUGUCCAUGCCCAUCAUGAAAGGAGAGAUGAGAACCUCGGUGAAUACCGGUAAACCUUGUAGUUAGUAGUAACCUGUAAAAAUGGCUUGUUUUCCGUUUUAAAUGUUUAAAAUCCAAGCCCUCCCUUAGGCCUACUAUACGAAGGCUGGUUCAACAGCAAUACGUGUCUUUUUUUUAGCCUGCCAAUUUUUUUUAUAACAUUUUACAUGUAUUUAUUGUUGUAUAAAAAAAACAACGGAUUGCUUCUUUUUUGUUUCUAACAAGUUUGGUUGUAAUAUAAUUAAUGAUUCACCUUCCUGGUUUUAUGAUGACAAUGUCCGUGGCGCGCUUGCAAUGCAACUUCUGGAGAUGUGUGAAAUGGUUUUGACUAUGUUCAUAAAACAGGCCUAUUUGGGAGCUGUAUAAUGGUGGACAUUCUCCCUUUCUCUUUAUAUUGGAUCUUUGUCCAGCUACUCUGAAAAGUUUGGAUGUGCAUAAAACCCUCCAGUCUGCGUUGUUUUAAUAUAUGUCCACGGGGAGAAAUUAUGGUGCCUGUAAGUGUGACAUAGGCUAUUUAAAACAAGUUUGAUUCAAACAUUUUUUUUUUGUAUUUAGGCCUUAUCAAUAAUUAAUUCAAUCUUGCUUAUUGACAAUGUUUGGCAUGUCCAUGCUCAGGCAUAAUGCAAUUUACAGUAGGCCUAGCCCCUAUAUCAGUGUGAAUGCUAUUGAAGCCAUGCAAUUACUUAGAACAAUGUGUACUGCAAAUGGGUUCAAAUUAACGUAUUUAGCAAAAAUAGUUCUGCAUUUUAUUUAGUUUCUGUAAGCGAUUUAACAAACUAUAACGGAAUUAACAUUGGAAUUGGAGUUGAUUCCAAGGCAAUACAUAAAAGACCGUAAAUACACAACUUGAAGCAACCACAUAUUUUGCCAUGGAGCAUGUUCUGAUUGGCCAGUGAGUGGCCAAGCCUCGACACAUCCACAACUUGUUUAUUCAUCAAAACCGCUGCCAACGCCAGCAAGUGCACCGAUAAUUGUGAUUGUGAAAAUAUCCAAAAUAUUUCUGACACACCCCUGAACCUACAGCUCUACCGCAUGCGCUUAGAUUUACCAUUGCGUUAGCUUUGUUAAAAUAGAGCCCUCUAGGUUUCAGGAAAUGGCUGUCACAGGUUAUAUUUUAUUUUUUAAUCUUCCCACUACCCAACCUUAGGCCUACAUCAGCACCACCUUGUCAGAAAUUCCUAGGGAGAGCCCUGAUUGUACAUUUACAUGUAUUUAUAGUUAGCUACUGAAGAGCAGCCGAUUACCAAGUACUCAUAAGUCUAUAGCCUAUAGUUCCUACUGAGACAGUCUUCUGCCAACAUCCUUAUUAGGCGUAAAGAAAUUGCAUUUGCCUAUGAUUUGAGCAGUGUGGGUGUCGCACGUGCGCUGCCAUGGGGAUUGCGGGGACGGGGGUGCUCAUAAAAAUUGGUCAAGGUUGGCAGGUCUGCAGUUGGAGCUUUGUGUUGUAAUGCUGUCCAACAUAAUAUGUGAAAGAACAUUCUCGGCAUUCCUUUGAAAGUCAGGAUUUUCAUCAGUUGUCAGACAUCUAGGCCCUAGUUAUUAAAAAUCUCCUGAGCACCAGGUGAUCACAAAUGUGGCCACAAUCAAAUAAAUGUAGAGCUGGUUGGCCAAAAACACUGAACUAAAAUCCCAAUGAAAAGAAACACGUAAGCAGAUACACAUCAGACAUUAACCCAGGCUAAGGGGUUUAGUUUGUAAUAAUGAGCUUAGUUGUUAAACUGCAUCUGGUAAUACCUCUCGAUUACAAGAGGGAUAAUGUACAUUUGGAGAGAAGUGUUGAACUCAUUUACACACAUUAGUUGAUGAUUGAGGUAUGAUUGACUGCAAAUACUGUAUAUUUAUAUUUUAUUUUUACAUUCUUACUCAUGUUUGUCCAUCAGGAGAAAGUCAAAGCGGUGUUUGACAACUUGAUCCAGUUGGAGCACUUGAACAUUGUCAAGUUUCACAAGUACUGGGCCGACGUGAAGGAAAAUAGGGCCAGGGUAAGAGAUCUUCUCAAUGCAGUGACAUAACUACCUUUUUAAUAAUAAGAAAUAAACUGAAUGUAUUAUACAGGAAAUGAUUAUUUUUACCCUCAGGUCAUUUUCAUCACAGAAUACAUGUCUUCGGGAAGCCUGAAGCAGUUUCUGAAAAAGACCAAGAAAAACCACAAGACGAUGAAUGAAAAAGUACGGGAUGGAUUGUUAGUCUGUUUUGGUAUUGAUAUUAAAGGAGCAAUCAGCGAUUACUACAUAAAUUUUUGGACUUUAAAAUUAAUGAUAAAUACUCAUUGAUUCUUUAAGAAUAUAACUUAAAAAUGCCUAAUGAUCUUAGUUCAACUGUCGUACCCCAUCAGAAUCCCAAAUAUAAGCUUGUUUUACAACAGCCCCGUCCCUCAGCUGUUUACCGAAACAGUGGCGGUGUGUUGGCUUUGUUUGAACUACAGAUUGCCCCUUUCAAGAACUGAUAAAAAAAUAUUAAUAAUAAUAAUUACAAUAUAACCAAGACAGGCUGAAACCAAACCCACCCAAAUGAAGCUAUAAACAGAAGGUAUGUCAUCUGUAUGUACUGCCUUAGUUUCCAAUGGUUCAGCUAAAAAUACCCAUUUUCUGUUGGCUGCAGUGGGAGGAGGGGAUUAAUUGCAGCCUAAUCUGGUCAUUUAGAGCAGGUUUUCACCAAACACGGUCCUGCCCCCCCCCCCCCCCCAGGUGCACGUUUUGUUUUUUACCCUAGCACUACACAGCUGAGUCAAAUAAUCUAAGCUUGAUGAUGAGUUGGUUAUUUGAAUCAGCUGUGUAGUGCUAGGGCAAAAAAACAAAAUGUGAACCCAGGAGGGGCCCCAGGACCGGGUUUGGGAAACGCUGAUUUAGAGUAUUAACACUUCCAAGAACUGCAUGCAUAUGUUAAUCACAUUUCAAGUAGAUUUGAAUGUCAGAAAUUGUAGUCCAAAGCUUUAUUAAUCUCUGUGCUGUCUGUUGUCCUUCACGUUUCUAUCAGGCCUGGAAGCGCUGGUGUACACAGAUACUGUCUGCUCUCAGGUCAGUCACACACACACAUUGCACAUAUCCGGCAGAUUACUUUUAUUGGAUUUAUUUUUCCAGACUGAGGCACCUGGAGCCAGUUCUGUUCUCUAAAAACUCUCACUUCUCACACGUCUAUACACUCACACUUCUCUUGAAGUGUCCUGUAACCUUUCUCUCCUCUCCCCAGUUACCUGCACUCCUGUGACCCUCCCAUCAUCCACGGCAACCUGACCUGUGAUACCAUCUUCAUCCAGCACAAUGGCCUCAUCAAGAUUGGCUCAGGUGGGCCUCCGAUCCAUCAAUCGCACUAAAUGUCAACCUUCUCAGAAAAUGGCACCUGAAGGGACUUUCUUGUCUCUUCAAGACCGUGGUCAGUAGGGAGACAACAUUUUGAAACCGAGUAAAAUGGGGAAGUAUUGGCUGAACACAGAUUUUUCAUUAUCCAUUACAAAAUGUUUUGUGACGAUGGGCCCUACUGAACAGACGCCAGGCCUGUCCCAAGCUGAAAGUUCCCCAUUCCCUUUGGGAUAAUUUGUCACUUGUCUAUUUAUGGUUGCAAAGCUACCAGUAAAUUACCAUAAUUUUGGUAAUUAACAGGUAAUCUAUGGCAAUUUUAACUAAAACAAUUAAUAUAUACAGUGAGGGGGAAAAAGUAUUUGAUCCCCUGCUGAUUUUGUACGUUUGCCCACUGACAAAGACAUGAUCAGUCUAUAAUUUUAAUGGUAGGUUUAUUUGAACAGUGAGAGACAGAAUAACAACAAAAAAAUCCAGAAAAACGCAUGUCAAAAAUGUUAUAAAUUGAUUUGCAUUUUAAUGAGGGAAAUAAGUAUUUGACCCCUCUGCAAAACAUGACUUAGUACUUGGUGGCAAAACCCUUGUUGGCAAUCACAGAGGUCAGACGUUUCUUGUAGUUGGCCACCAGGUUUGCACACAUCUCAGGAGGGAUUUUGUCCCACUCCUCUUUGCAGAUCUUCUCCAAGUCAUUAAGGUUUCGAGGCUGACGUUUGGCAACUCGAACCUUCAGCUCCCUCCACAGAUUUUCUAUGGGAUUAAGGUCUGGAGACUGGCUAGGCCAUUCCAGGACCUUAAUGUGCUUCUUCUUGAGCCACUCCUUUGUUGCUUUGGGCGUGUGUUUUGGGUCAUUGCCAUGCUGGAAUACCCAUCCACAACCCAUUUUCAAUGCCCUGGCUGAGGGAAGGAGGUUCUCACCCAAGAUUUGACGGUACAUGGCCCCGUCCAUCGUCCCUUUGAUGCGGUGAAGUUGUCCUGUCCCCUUAGCAGAAAAACACCCCCAAAGCAUAAUGUUUCCACCUCCAUGUUUGACAGUGGGGAUGGUGUUCUUGGGGUCAUAGGCAGCAUUCCUCCUCCUCCAAACACGGCGGGUUGAGUUGAUGCCAAAGAGCUCGAUUUUGGUCUCAUCUGACCACAACACUUUCACCCAGUUCUCCUCUGAAUCAUUCAGAUGUUCAUUGGUAUACUUCAGACGGCCCUGUAUAUGUGCUUUCUUGAGCAGAGGACCUUGCGGGCGCUCCAGGAUUUCAGUCCUUCACGGUGUAGUGUGUUACCAAUUGUUUUCUUGGUGACUAUGGUCCCAGCUGCCUUGAGAUCAUUGACAAGAUCCUCCCGUGUAGUUCUGGGCUGAUUCCUCACAGUUCUCAUGAUCAUUGCAAAUCCACGAGGUGAGAUCUUGCAUGGAGCCCCAGGCCGAGGGAGAUUGACAGUUAUUUUGUGUUUCUUCCAUUUGAGAAUAAUCGCAUCAACUGUUGUCACCUUCUCACCAAGCUGCUUGGCGAUGGUCUUAUAGCCCAUUCCAGCCUUGUGUAGUUCUACAAUCUUGUCCCUGACAUCAUUGGAGAGCUCUUUGGUCUUGGCCAUGGUGGAGAGUUUGGAAUCUGAUUGAUUGCUUACUUCUGUGGACAGGUGUCUUAUACAGGUAACAAGCUGAGAUUAGGAGCACUCCCUUUAAGAGUGUGCUCCUAAUCUCAUCUCGUUACCUGUAUAAAAGACACCUGGGAGCCAGAAAUCUUUCUGAUUGAGAGGGGGUCAAUUACUUAUUUCCCUAUUUAAAAUGGAAAUCAAUUUAACAUUUUUUACAUGUGUUUUUCUGGAUUUUUUUGUUGUUAUUCUGUCUCUCACUGUUCAAAUAAACCUACCAUUAAAAUUAUAGACUGAUCAUUUCUUUGUCAGUGGGCAAACGUACAAAAUCAGCAGGGGAUCAAAUACUUUUUUCCCUCACUGUAUGUGUUAUUUCGUAGUUUUGAUGUCUUCACUAUUAUUCUACAAUGUCGAAAAUAAAGAAAAAACCCUUGAAUGAGUAGAUGGGUCCAAACUUUUGACUGGUAGUGUAUAUUCAUAUAUAGUAUAAUUGUUUUAUAUUGGUGUCCAUGAGUUUCUAGUGGAUAGACCAUAUGGAUCAAGAGAAAAUAACAACAUUUACUGAAAAAAGCAUCUAAUCAACAAUGGCUCUGCAACUCUUCCAACUAUUGACUUUUUUCACAACUGCCACCAGUUUGGCGCCAAAACAUUUACAACUAAGAUAUAUUGACAUAGUAAUAGGGCUGGCACAAUGACGGAUAACUGUGGGACUGACGGUUAUAGGUGAAGACCAUCAUGAAAAUACAAUUACCGUCAUAACUGUUUAAACAUUUUUACAAAAAGACUGGACGGCCAGGUUGAGUGUGGUUGAGUCCGUUUCUGCGGUAACAUGAACUCUUAACAACGUGAUGAAAUUGUGUUGCUCCUUGCUGAAACAAGCAAACUGUUGUAGCGAACGAACACACAUAUAAAGGCGCAAGCAAAGUGCAGCAGCACACCGAAAUUAGAAUCUUUGGCGGCACAUGUAGUCCGAAGCAGAGGAGAGGAAAAUUUUUUGUCUAUUCGAAUGGUUAUUACAGAGACCGCCAUCAUUUUGCUGGCCAAUUAAUGUCAUCCAAAAUAAUUUUACUGUCACAGCCCUACAUAGUAAAAUAAAUAAAUACAUGUGUAAAAACAAUAUAAGUUUUUUUUUUUUCAUGCUGAAACCCUCAUAAUAAACACCAAGGGUAUUCAGUAAGUUGAUGGUUUAUAUUUAGGAUAAUGUUUUACAGCUUUGUCACUCGAUAAAAUAAAAUGUAAUCGUCUUAUUUGAUUAUUUUAUAUAUUUUACAUGUGAUAAUGCCACACAGAGAGCCAGGGAUAAUUAGACACCUGUGAUAAUUUGAAGUACCUAAAAAAAAGCCACUAGAAAAGUUUCCAGUAAUAUACCCUCCCUUUUGUAACCCUAUGUCUAUUACAGUGGCCCCAGACACCAUCAACAACCACGUCAAGACCUGUCGGGAGGAGCAGAAGAGCCUGCACUUCUUUGCUCCCGAGUAUGGAGGUAUGUAACCUUUUGACCUUUUUGUCUCUUUUGAGAAACCAUGUAAUGGAGGUGUUUUUUUUUGUCUGUAGAAAUGUCACUAGCGUUGAUUGACAUGGGUAUUUUUCUUCUCACAGCUGUUGUAGACGUCACCACUGCCGUGGAUAUUUAUUCCUUUGGAAUGUGCGCCUUAGAGGUGAGUGAAGAGUGUUUGAGGUUGACUAAAUGAUCAAGUUCUGAAGUGUGACUGUAGCCUUGCACCAUGGCAACUUGAUGAAGUUUGGAGUCCAACAGUCUUUCUUCUGGUCCUGUUUCUAAUCUUCUAUUCCCCACACCUCCUCAUAUCCUUAGAUGGCUGUCCUGGAGAUCCAGAGUAACGGCGAGUCAUCGUACGUGUCCCAAGAAGCCAUCAACAGUGCCAUUCAGUCCCUGGAGGACCCGCUGCAGAGGGUGAGUCAAGGUCCUGGCCUAGCAGCACACACCCAACUGUUUUGUUUGUGUUGGUGAUUCCUUAGACACUACAUUAUACACACUGCAACCAAGGGAUGAGUUGCAUUGAAAUACAGAAUUGGGGGGUUGUCCUGAAGGGUAUUAGCCAAUCCCAGUCCAGCCGUAACAUAACUAUAGUCUAUAUCCCUCAAACUCAACUCUGGACCUCGAAGCCAGUUCCCCUGCAUUUUAUCAUUGUUCCCCUCUAAUCAGGGACUGAUUUUAGAUCUGGGACACCAGGUGUGUGCAAUUAAUUAUCAGGUACAACAGAAAACCAGCAGGCUCUGGACCUCGUGGGGUAAGAGUUGAGUACCUGUUAUGAGUUUCUCGGGUAUCAAGUAAUUCAUGAUGCAAGAAGAUAUUUGACACUUAGAGUUCAUACAAAUAUUUAAUAUAUUCGGUACCGGGUUCGUCUAACAAAAGGCACAUGCUUCGCUUCUUGCCAUUCAAACUACCAGACAAAGAAAACCUCUCAGUUUAUAUACGUCAUGUUACACGUUUCUUCAACAAUAUCUGGUAACCAUCAGUGGGCACUCCCUCCUUUGAUGUUAUUACCUUGUACCCCAAGUCAGUAUAUCAUAUCCAUCAAUCGUUCUAAGAUAAACCUCAGUAAACUCCCUCGACAUACUGGAAUCAUUGGCCUCCAGAUUGUGUGGCACCAAUAAUCACUUAUCUCAUAAAUGUAACCUUGUUCCCACAACACUGUGAAAAGUCAUCAUAACAGUACCCCUGUUCUGUAUAGUCCAUAGUGUAUCUUAAAGGGAUAGUUCACUCCUAAAUUCAACUCCCUCAAAUGUCACUUGAAAAUAUGAGCUCUGAAAACAUUUUGACAAAGUUGGACUUAGGAGAGAACUAUCCCUUUAAGAUAACUAUAGUUUAUGGCUGGACUAGCCUAUGGACUGGGAUUGGGUUAUACCGUUCAGAACAAACCACCAAUUCAGUUUUUGGUGUGAACUGCUUUUCUAACACCUGUAUGUCUUUCUUUUUGCUUGUGGCAUGAGUUCAUCCAGGAGUGAACAGUCUCUUUAAAGAGAUUCUCUCGUACUACGUCACGUGCAGAUAUGUGCACCAUGUCAUUGCUCUCUCUCUCUCGCGCUCUGUGUGUACAUCUUGCUAGCUGUCACUCAAAUGACAAGGGGCUGCAGCUCAUUGGCUAGAAGUCGAAUUGCUAGGGGGCUGGCCCACGUGGGGGAAAAUGUAGGGAAAUUGGUGCAGCACAGCUUCCAGAAAAACUUUUGCUUUCAAACUAGGGAUUUGGUGGCUAAUUGAGGUAAGACAGUAAUUCUGCUCAUAGAUUAUGAAUGUAUGAACUACAGUCAUGGUCAAAAGUUUUGAGAAUAACACAUAUUAAUUUUCACAAAGUCUGCUGCCUCAGUUUUGAUGAUGGCAAUUUGCAUAUACUCCAGAAUGUCAUGAAGACUGAUAUCCUGAUAUUCUGCAAAAGGUACAGGGAUUGGACUGCUGAGGACUGGGGUAAAGUCAUUUUCUCUGAUGAAUCCCCUUUCCGAUUGUUUGGGUCAUCCGGAAAACACCUUGUCCGGAGAAGAGAAGGUGAGCGCUACCAUCAGUCCUUUGUCAUGCCAACAGUAAAGCAUCCUGAGACCAUUCAUGUGUGGGGUUGCUUCUCAUCCAAGGGAGUGGGCUCACUCACAAUUUUGCCUAAGAACACAGCCAUGAAUAAAGAAUGGUACCAACACAUCCUCCGAGAGCAACUUCUCCCAACCAUCCAAGAACAGUUUGGUGACGAACAAUGCGUUUUCCAGCAUGAUGGAGCAUCUUGCCAUAAGGCAAAAGUGAUAACUAAGUGGCUCGGGGAACAAAAUAUCGACAUUUUGGGUCCAAGGCCAGGAAACUCCCCAGACCUUAAUCCCAUUGAGAACUUGUGGUCGAUCCUCAAGAGACGGGUGGACAAACAAAAACCCACAAAUUCUGACAAACUCCAAGCAUUGAUUAUGCAAGAAUGGGCUGCCAUCAGUCAGGAUGUGGCCCAGAUGUUAAUUGACAGCAUGCCAGGGCAGAUUGCAGAGGUCUUGAAAAAGAAAGGUCAACACUGCAAAUAUUGACUCUUUGCAUAAACUUAAUGUAUCUCAUAUCUCAUAACACUGAAGCAGCAAACUUUGUGAAGACCAAUACUUGUGCCUUUCUCAAAACUUUUGACCACGACUGUACACAUUGACACAUCCAGCCCAAAGCGGGAGGUUGAAAAAAUACUUAGUAGUCGCCAAAGUUCCGGAGCAUGUCUUUAAUACGUGUUGUCCAGGAGUGAACCGUCUCUUUAAUACUGGUGAUGUUUGCCUGUGGCAGGAGUUCAUCCAGAAGUGUCUGGAGCAGGACCCCAAUAAGCGCCCCACGGCCAAAGAGCUGCUGUUCCACCAGGCCCUGUUCGAGGUGCCCUUGCUGAAGCUGCUGUCAGCACACUGCAUCGUAAGCCACCAGUGUGAGUAACAAGACACACACACACACAAAUUGACACUGACGCAAAAAACUAAUGUGUGUGUUCUCUCAUUGGGCUAUCCCUGGGAAGGUAUCAAUUGCAUACUCCUCGUGUCUUCUCGUCUCCUUCUCAAAAUCCAUUGGAUGACAAAGCCAGAGGUCUCUCCCCUCUGACCUUCUCCUCCAAUGGGUUUUGAGAAGGAGAGAGGACGUGAGGAGUAUGCAAUUGAGAUUCUCCCCGUCUGUCAUGUAGACAUGAUUCCAGAAAAUGCUCUCGAGGAGAUGACGAAGAACAUGGACCCCAACCUGGUGAUUGUGGAGUGCAAGGACGGCGUUCAGAUGAAGUGAGUCGUAGAUCCAACUCUCUAUUCGAUCUCUUGGAAUCAAAAAAUGAUUAAAAUGAUCCUGUUAAAAUCCUUGAUGACGUUCUGAUUGUAUAGCCAUCUCCACUAGCACAUAACUGAGAAGGGAAGCAACUCAUGCUCCCCAACUGCUGUUUAGUCUCUUGUUGAGACACUUAAUGUUGAAGUGUGUGAACAAUCUGUUGAUGUCCACAGGCUUUCCCAGUUCCCUGCUCUUGAGCUGGACAAGUUCCUGGAAGAUGUGAGGUAAGGGUAUGUGUAUGUGGGUGUGUGUAAGCGUGAGUGCACACCAGGGUUUCCGUUAGCCCACUUGUCAAACUCAUUCCAUGCAGGGCCGAGUUUCUGCAGGUUUUUGCUCCUCCCUUCACCUGGUUUCCCAAACUCUGUCCUCGGGACCCCAAGGGGUGCUCAUUUUGGUUUUUGUCCUAACACUACACAGCUGAAUCAAAUGAUCAAAGCUUGAUGAUUAGUUAAUUAUUUGAAUCAGCUGUGUAGUACAAGGGCAAAAACCAAAAGGUGCAUCCCUUGGGGUCCCGAGGACUGCGUUUGGAAAACCCUGUCUUAAUUGAAAGCAGCAGACAGUAGGCCCUCCAUGGAAUGAGUUUGACACCCCUGCAUUAGGGGGUGUCAGCUGGCUUUUGGCGCAAAAAACCCCCACUGAUAAAUAAAAUUGCCAGGAGAAGAGAAAAAAUCACAUUGUGGAAUAAUGCAUUUUUGCCUAUUCGUUGAUUGAAAUACCAGUGGAAACAGCACGAGAGCUGCUGAUACAGCUCAAACAACUGUGUGUUGCUGCUGUAGUGAAACGUGCUUUAAUAAGCCCAAUCAUUGCACAACAAUUCUAAAGGCAAUCGUGUGUAAAUAAAAAAAUAAAGAACAAUGGCCACGAUUUUAAAAGAGCUACUAUUUUUAUUUCUCAAUUGGUAAUUGAAGCGCGCAUCCCAUUCGCCAUUCAAGUGCGUAGGCAACUAGGCAGACUUCAGCACGUCACACACCACUUUGCAAUGAGUUGGAGGCAAUAUGCAUUUUGAAAAUAGAUAUAUACUUAAUUGUUUGAAACCUGAACAUUUGACUACAUAUUGAGACAUAUCUUACUUGCUUCAAAGUAGCGUAGCCAAAAUCCAACCAAACAUGCAGGCCGUUAUUUUAUAAAGACUUCCUUCCAUAUGCCAUUGAAACCAGUAGCCUUUUCUCUCAUGUUCUAUUGGUUUUCAAAUCAACUUUCUUUCAUUGUCCAGUAGCCAAAGGCACAGUCCUAGUCAUAUUAGCAACCCAUGCUAGUUGUUGCAUAUUUAGAUCUCUCACAUGAAACCGUUCGUAAUGGUGUUUUCCCACUAAUUGCCUUAUGGAACGAACAUUCGCACGUACCCUACUGCCUUGUGUGCGUUGCUGUGCUGAUAAUGUGUAGAAAUAAUAGUUUAUCAACAUAUUAUGCUAAACAUUAUGAUCUGUUGCAUGAGCUUCAUUGCUUUUAAAGUUUUUUGGAUGUAGCCUAGGCCUACUUGGUUGCCAAAUUCUCUAAAAUGACGUUGGAGGCAGCUUAUGGUAGCGAAAUGAACAUUAAAUUCUCUGGCAACAGCUCUGGUGGACAUUCCUGCAGUCAUCAUGCCAAUAGCACGCUCCCUCAACUUGAGACAUCUGUGGCAUUGUUGGGUGACAAAACUGCACAUUUUAGUGGCCUUUUAUUGUCCCCAGCACAAGGUGCACCUGUGUAAUGAUCAUUCUGUUUAAUCAGCUUCCUGUCAGGUGGAUGGAUUAUCUUGGCAAAGGAGAAAUGCUCACUAACAGGGAUGUAAACAAAUGUGUGCACAGAAUUUGAGCAAAAAAUUUUUUUUGUGCGUAUGGAAAAUGUCUGGGAUCUUUUAUUUCAGCUCAUGAAACAUGGGACCAACACUUUAUAUGUUGUGAUUUUGCUGUUCAGUACUCGGUUGGCUGAGGAAAAGUACAUGUGGGCAGUUAUUCUAGCAUAGGUGGAAAGUGGGUUUUUCUAGUUUGGGGAAGCUAAUCUUCACCAUAGAAAUGCACCUUUAUAAUAAAGCAGUCCCUGCAUCCUCGCAUUUGCAGACUUACGUAAGAAAGGCAUCUAUUCCUAAGAUGAUGAAUAGAUUGGAUAGUCAUAAUUUAGGCUAAUAAUAUAACUGAAUCACUGUUUGCAAAAAAGACUGUUCAGUGCAGCGCUUACUCGAUUAGUCUUUGCACAGGAAAAUGUUGGCCUUUUAUAAACACAUUUCAUGCAAUUCUACUGCACUUUAUAUGACUGGAGAUAUUAGCAGAAUCUUUUUAAUGCGACAAAAAUUACAGGGUAGCUAGCCUACUCUGCCGACACUGACGAACAGAUCAAUAAAAAUGACGACAUCUGGUCCAUAUAUUAGGCCUACGAUGUCCAUCUAACCUGUCCAAAACAAAACAAAAGUGGCACUGACCCAAUGAUAAAGACAGUGAAUAUGCACACUCACCGGGGAUAUGACCGACGUUCUCCACUGGUGCCAAUAAGAUAGGCUAGUUUUCGCUCUUAAGUUGAGAAUUUUGAUAACUAAAAGACAGAUUGGAGUCUCUUCAUUGUCUUCUCUUUACAGCAAUAGCCAUAGCUGGGUCUCUCUGGUUUUUACUGACAGUCACAACUCAACAAUCAUCUAUUUGGAAUUUGCUGCGCGCUCUGCCCAAAUUGCGGGCCCGUCUGACUAUAGGCUAUGUGAUUUAAAACAAUCCACAGCUUUAUUUAUUUUUUAAGCUAAUGAUCCUCUGUGGCCAAAUCAUGCUUUCUGGAGUAAUUUCUUUAUAAUUUCAUUUCUGUGUAGAUAGGACUAAGCUAAUUAGGCUAUUUAAUUAAAUUUACUUUAGGGAAAGCUUAGUUUCCCCUAACCGUAUGGAUGCGCCGCCUAUGUAGUCUAACAUCUUCAAAUUGCUCAUUGAAAUUCGGGUCAGAAUGACGCACACCAUUGCAUCCGAGUUGCAUGUUCUGUUAAGAUGUAUGACCAUAAACUAAAUGUGAUUUCUGUCAUUCUGAGAACCGUGGGUGGACGCCCUAAUCAGGUUACGCAACCAUAUGUCUUAUACAUCCUGUAAAUUUUAAAAUGCUACCGGUCAAAUGUCCGGUGCCACAUUUUCCUAAAGGAAACCCUGGUGCGCACGUAAGCAUGCAUGCCAGUCAGUGCUCAUUUGUGUGGGUGUAUCUGUAGAGGUUGUGUGUGUAUGUGUGUGUGUGUGUGUGUGUGUGUGUGUGUAUGUGUGAGAAGUCUAACUCAGCCCCCCUCUCUGAUGUGUCAGGAAUGGUAUCUACCCUCUGACAGCGUUUGGGGUGCCCGGCCCCAAGCAGCCCGAGCAGGAAGCAGUGAAGUCCCCCAUAGUACCCCCCUCAGUCAAAACCCCCACCCCUGAGCCUGCAGAGCUGGAGACCAGGAAGGUAAGACCUAAAGGAGGAUGGGAGGGAGGAGUACAGGGAUGGAUUUUAAGGCACACUGGACAGGGAAAAUAGGGAUGGAUGGAGGAAUUGAGGACAUGGCUUGACAUUUUUUAGCCACUUGUAGGACACUUAUUUUACCUGUCCGAAAGCUCGUCACUUGCUGGCCCAUAUUGACUCCAAUGCUGGACGUCCUCUGGGCGGUGGACCAUUUUUGAUACACACGGGAAACUGUUGAGUGUGAAAAACCCAGCAGCGUUGCAGUUCUUGACACAAACAGGUGCUACUAUAACGUGUUCAAAGGCACUUAAAUAUUUUCUUGCCCAUUCACCCUCUGAAUGGCACACAUACACAAUCCAUGUCUCAAGGCUUAAAUAUCCUUCUUUAACCUGUCUCCUCUCCUUCAUCAACACUAAUGAAUUGAAGUGGAUUUAACAAGUGACAUCAAUAAGGGAUCAUAGCUUUCACCUGGUCAGUCUAUGUCAUGGAAAGAGCGUGGAAAUGUUUUGUAUACUCAGUGUAUGUUGUCUACUGUUUGAGUUUGCUAGCUUUGGACAACACAUCUCUAAUUUCUGCCCAGGUCCUACAGAUGCAGUGCAACAUUGAGCCUGUUGACGAGGGGGCCAAACAUCACGUAAGUCUUAUGUCUCAUUUUCGCAGUGUGGGCUACUACCUUAUAUUAUAGCCAACCAUAAAAUCUGAUUUGUUUGGAAAAAUGACUCUGCUCUCAAUGGCCCUUAUUCACAAAGCGUCUCUGAGUAGGAGUGUGAUCUUAUUAAUUAUUAGGCUAAACCAAUCCUAGACCAGCCCUCCUACUCUUGAGACACUUUGUGAAUACGACCAGGGGUAAGACAUGAGGCCUGUCUUUGUUCGGUUAAGAGCUCUAUUUUCUGACAAACAUCCCAAACCUCUUUUAAAAAUUCAUAUUCUUUUGCUUCUUUUUCCAGCUUACACUAUUGCUGAAACUUGAGGAUAAGUUGAAUAGGCACUUAAGUUGCGAUUUGUUACCAAGUAAGUAUCCACACAUGCGCUUAGUCCAUGCUAAAGUUGAUUUGGUGGUAUACAGAGCUAUAUUUUGCAUGCUGUAUUUAUAUAAACGUAGAGAGGGAUGUUGUACUUUUCUAAAGGUCUUUUCUCAUUUUAUUAAAUGGGUAGAAGGAGAAUGACAAUGGGGAAAGAUAGAGGUUGUUUAGAAAGUAGGCUGGAUUCAAACCUAUGCCGACACUAGAUAUGUGUACCUGAGGCAUUACCACUAGACCAGCCAGGUCACAGGGAUGUUCGACUUUCUGUAUGCUUUUGACUGACCUGUGGUGUGUACAGAUGAGAACGUGCAGGAGCUGGCCGUGGAGCUCGUUCAGCUGGGAUUCGUCAGCGAGGUAAGGCAAGGGGUCACGACCCCUGUGACCUCACAGCACACCUGCAGCCCCAGGCUGAAGAGGGCAAAGUUAUUUUUUGUUGACUGCUACCAUAAGUUUGACCAGUUCACAUGCACAAUGACUAGUUGGGAUGUGCUUUGUAGUGGAUAGCAGUCGAGGAUGAGGCAUUCUGACGAUUUGCUAAUUGCUUGCCUUUUCAAAUGGGGUCCUGAAUUCCCUUUUCUCUCGUCCAGGGUGACCAGCCACGACUCGCUUCGGUUCUGGAAGAGGCCUUCUCCACGUUCUACAACCGGAACGGCUUCCUGAAUCCGGUAACCGUCUCCUCAUAACAGAGGAGCCUCAUCCCCCUCUCCUCUCCCCUCGCCUCCCUCAUCCCUCCCUCGUCCUAUCCGACAGGACUUCACUGACGCUCACCCCAAAGGAUUGUGGGAAAGCUUUGCCUGCUCCCCCCCAAAAAACAACUUCCCACAGCCUCUCUUCACACCUUAUGGUGGAAAUAGCUGCCACUAGGUGGUUUUGUCUUUUUGUACUUAUACUUAUCUGCUUCUCUGUUUUAAAAGAAGAAAAAAACAACUUGGUUGUCACUUAAGUAAGUAUUACGAACUGUAUUUUGAAAGUUAACGCAAAACUGUACGUUUUCAGUCGGUAUGCCAUCAAAAAUAUCUUCUGUCUCGCUUACUCCGGUCUACAUAUACUGUACAUGGUGCUGUAUGUAGGACGAAUGUGGCCUCUUCCUCCGGUAUUGAUUGGACAUGGCUCUUUAAUGCAUCAGAAGAUGCGAGUGUCAAGCGUUUUUUCCCCCUUACGCUUUCUUUUGUAUUAUCAGAAUAUGUAACUGUGGCUGUAGUUAUGACACAUUUACCCAAUCGACCUGUGCUCAGGUGGUGAGAGGGAGAGACGAUUGCAGUCUGAAUGUUGUGACUAUAAUACGAGUUUUAUUUAUCAGUACGGUCUAUCAUGAGUGUGUAUUUCACUUUCAGCACGAAGCGGUUUGGUUCUUUUUAGUGAAUGUUUAGUUGAUUCGAAUCUUCAUAAGCUGUUGCAUACCCAGCAGCUAGUAUUCCUUGGGUCCACAUACACAUUUUGUUGCUUUAUCACUUCCAAUCAUUCUAAGAAAGUGAACUUUGUCACUCGACUGUCGUCUGUUUCUUGCUGUAAUGUUUUAUUUAGCAAAUGGUGGGAAGUAGUGGUACAUUUUCAUCAUGUUUUGUUGCCAUUUCACACACAAUGAAACAGUAUCCGUGUAAGGACCUCUGGUUUACACUUUAAGACUAUUGGCUUAUCAAACAAAAACCUCAAUAGUCUACAUUCCUUAACA